AUGGAGAUUGUCAACUUUCUCCGAACUUGGCCACAAAAGGCAACGACGACGCAGUGCUUGGCACAGCAACUUUCUCAAAACAUUCUGAUCGGUGGCUUUCAAGAAAGCUACGAGAAGAAUUCAUUGAACGACCGUCUGGGCAUUGACAUUGCGGCAAACUGGGGCUCCUUAGUCAAGUCUUGCCGGGAACAACAAACCCCCUUUGCAUUGAUGUUCAUGCUGGCACCCAUGUCGUACGGCUCAAAAGCCAAUCUGAGCCUCGUCAAGGCCUUGGCGGCUUUUGCAGUUUACGACGAACUGAAAGCUAUCGAGCUACCUGCUUGGGUCGAGUAUCGGGAUUUCCAGCCCAAUCAAGUCCCUCAGCUAGACAACCUCAUUCAAGUAAUUGGACCGUUCAAGACCCCAGUCCCCAAGAAUGAUGGCGACGAACUCAAAAGUUUUGCCAGUGCCAAACAGCUUCGACGGAUGAGAGACGAGAAAGCAGCCUGGGAUCACAAGGCCAAUGAUGAUUGCGUGUUCUUGGCGAAAUUCUUACUUGCGCAGUGGCCUUGCAUCGAGCCAGGCGUUACAAACAUAUCCAAGCCCUUGCUGGUCGACAUCAAAGCUGCUUUGGGUGUGGUCCGAGUUGAAUGGAAGCGCCUCUAUCAAAACAAGGACCUGUGUGCACACUUGAGUACUGUUCAGUCUAUUCUGGAUCAGCACCGAACUGAGACAGAGUACGAGGCCUCGUGCUUCAUUGCAUCGGAGGAGAGCUUUGAAGACCGGCUACGUGGUGGUGAGAUCCCUUCAUUGAGGUCCGACUUGUUGAGAAAGACAAUUCCGACUCUCCACAACAGCGGAACGACCAACUUGAAAGAAGUCAUCAAGGUCAAGAUCACUGACCCUAGGGCCGGCCGGCUUGUCGAACACCUCCGCCACCCAGCUCACAUUCGCCAACCAAUCAAGCUUCCAUCCUCAACAAUGCGAAGUUCUGGGACCAAUGUUCUAGCACCGAGCUGGAUGUCCGCGAAGACAACGCUACAUCCUUCCACCGGAGCCAAUGCUGAACUAAGGAAGAUCGUGUCUAACCUGUCCAACUCGAAGUCGCUGAUACGCCAGAGAUACGCGGAGGACCUGGAGAAGAGCUUGAACGCUUUUGUUGCCAGGCAUGCCUCGAAACACACCAAAGACGAUACGUCACCAGAUUUUGUUUCCCGAGAAGUUUCAUUAUCGAUUCUUUCGACCCAACAACGCUUUAAGGCCAUUGUUUUUGCUCUGGAGAAACCCGACGAGAACCUCUCUGCUGAAUGCGUACAUUGGCUCAGGUCCGGUCAGCUUUGGCCUGCGAUCACCACGGUGACCUUGUUGGAACAGCUACGGUCGACUGCCACGCCCGUUCAGUUCGGUAACUCAGUGUUCGAGGCAUUGCUGGACUUUGGCAUCUCGAUCACAGACGCUCAGCGAGAUCUCCGUAUCAACUAUGCUACUAUGCGUGGCGAUGCUGGAAGAUACGCGGACGAGAUGGCAAACAAGGGUCACUCGAACUGGCAGCCAUCCGAGCAUCCCGAUUGGUUACUUCUCGAAAUCGAAGUAAAUUUGAUGAUUCGACCUGAUCAGGUUGAUGUCGCCUUGGCUACAAUAUCCCCGGCUUCUGGUUGCAAUUCUGUUUUGCAGAUGAACAUGGGGCAAGGCAAAACAUCUUGCAUCAUACCUAUGGUGGCCGCUGCACUGGCAAAUACCCAAAACCUUGUAAGGGUAGUUGUUCCCAAAGCUCUUUUGCUGCAAACGGCCCAGCUCCUUCAGGCACGACUCGGCGGUCUUCUCGAUCGACAAGUCCGACACAUUCCGUUCUCUCGUCGAACCCCUACAGAGGAAAACCUCGUUCGAGCAUACCACAGAGUGCAUAGAACUAUAAUGAAGCAAGCCGGGGUGAUUGUAUGCCAGCCGGAGCACAACCUGUCUUUCGUGUUGAGCGGCCUGCAGCGGAUGGUGGACAAUAGGAUGCCGGAAGCUGGGCCAAUGAUCAACGUCCAGUCGUGGCUCCGCACUCGAUGCCGCGACAUUUUGGACGAGUCUGAUUACACAUUGGCUGUAAGGACGCAGCUCAUCUAUCCUUCCGGCUCACAGAUGACUGUCGAUGGGCAUCCUCAUUGUUGGCAAGUGGCGCAAGACCUCUUACGACUCGUUGACAGACAUCUGUACGCCCUCGCCCACCAGUUUCCGAACUCGAUAGAAGUCAUUCGACGGUCGGAGGGAGGCUUUCCAUUGCUCUUCUUCUUACGAACGGACGUCGAGGAGGCUCUUGUCAAGCUUCUUACUUCAGAUGUGCUACGAGGUGAUGCCGGGAUUCUCCAGUUGCAGAACCUCGACGGUGCCGACCGACUUGCUGUUAGGGAGUUUUUGUUCAAUGAAAGACCCCGAGAUGGAACUCUCCAGCGUAUCCGUCAUCUGUGCCCGGACCGACCAAGCGUCAAGCAGACUAUUUAUCUGCUUCGAGGUAUCUUGGUCAACCGCAUCUUAAUGAUGACUCUGAAGAAGAGAUGGAACGUGCAGUAUGGACUACAUCCCCUCCGAGACCCCAUUGCGGUGCCUUACCACGCCAAAGGCGUCCCGAGUGAGCAGUCUGAGUGGGGACACCCAGAUGCACUUUGUGGGUUGCGGUCCCUAUCCUUGUUACGUGACAUAUUGUCAUGUCUGGCAUUUUACUACGACGGCAUCAGCAUCGCCCAACUGACCCAAUCCCUCGAGCAUCUUCUCAAGUCCGAUGGUCCAACAUCUGAAUACGAUAAGUGGACUCGAAGCAGUGCAAGAUUCCCCGACCACCUUAAAGCCUGGAACUCGAUCAAUGUCGACGAUGGUCAGCAACUUGGUGAGAUAUGGAAAGCUCUGCGGUACAAUAUUGCAGCUAUUGAUUACUUCAUGAACAACUUCGUUUUUCCUCAGCAUGCAAAGCAGUUCAAGGUCAAGCUUCAGUCAAAUGGGUGGGAUAUCCCUCUUUUCUCAAUUCACGAAACCGGUCAGUCAACACAGGCAAAGCCAGCAGGACAGAGACACGCAGCUUCGGCAUCGGCUAUGACAACCGGGUUCAGUGGCACAAACGAUAAUCGUACAAUGCUUCCGCUUACCAUCACGCAAGACGAUCUUCCUGGACUUUCACACACCAAUGCAGAAGUUCUCACAUACCUACUGCAUGACCGGUCUCGAGAGUGCCACAGGAUUGUCGGACCCCAUGGGGUGCGUGCAUCCGAGCCCGAUCUGUUGAGAGAGCUUCAUCGUCGCGGCAUUAGAAUUUUGAUUGAUGUUGGCGCCCAAAUCCUGGAGAUGGACAACGAGACCCUGGCAAAGCAGUGGUUGAUGGUCGACGGAAAAGCUGCCGCGGCUCUGUUCUUUGACCAAAGCAACAAGCCUUGGAUCAUCCAGCGAAGUGGCAGAAAGACGCCGCUCCUCGCCUCUCCAUACGCCGAUGACCUCAGCAAAUGCUUGGUAUAUUUGGAUGAGGCUCAUACGAGAGGUACUGUCACGUAACAAGGAUAGGGACCGCAAUCCACAAAGUGCCUAUUACGUACUAUAUUACGUAUAUCUCACUUAUAUCCUAUAUAUAGACCUUUCUCUUUUAUUUAUUUUUAUUUUAAUAAAUUAGGCUACUUUAUUAUACUCCGU